UCAUUUGGGUCCAACUUCACAAAAUUUUAAUAGACAACUUGAUUUUUCAAAACUCAGCUGGACUUGGUUCCUUUACACCCUUCUGUGCAAAAACCAAUAGUAGGUUUGCUUCCAUGGCGAUUCGCAUUCGGCCACUCAUUUCCAGUCUUAGAAGUGGUCGGCUUCAGUUCGAUGACAGGAAUCUCUCGAUGUUCAUAUCAUCACGAGCUUCGCCGAUGGAUAAGGUCGGCGAAUCAUCCUUGAAAUAUAGUAAUGCCAAUGGCAACCUCAAAAGGGAGAUUUUGAGACUGAAAUUGCCUGGAGAAAGCGCAGCAUACGUACUUCAAAAUUGGGUCGAUAAUGGCGGCAAAGUUACAAUCUCCCAGCUUAGAUAUAUCUCUGGGAUACUGGCGAAAUCUAGGCGAUACAACCACGCACUUGAGAUAUUCAGAUGGAUGGAUACUCGAAAUAAUUUCCACAUGUCAGCAGAAGAUCAUGCAUUGAAGUUAGAAUUGGUCUUGAAAGUUCAUGGUUUAAGGGAAGCUGAAGGAUACUUCAAACUUUUAUCCAAUUCUGCUACAAGAAAAGCUGCUGCUCUCCCUCUUCUUCAUGGUUAUGUAAAAGAACGAGACACUGUGAAAGCUGAAGCUCUCAUGAUGAAUCUAAAUGACUUGGGGCUGAUUGUGAAUUCUCAUCCAUUUAAUGAGAUGAUGAAACUUUAUAUGGCUACAUCACAGUAUGAGAAAGUACUCUUUGUGAUCCAGCAAAUGAAACAUAAUAAAAUACCCUUAACUAUCCUCUCCUACAACCUUUGGAUGAAUUCGUUGGCUGAGUUGUCUAAGGUCACAGAAGCUGAGAUGGUUUACAGGGAAAUGGUGAAUGAUAAAAAUGUUGAAGUUGGAUGGAGCACUCUAUCUACUUUGGCCAAUAUUUACAUAAAGGCAGGCCUUGUUGACAAAGCUUUUUUAGCACUUGAAAAUGCAGAAAAAAAGCUCUCUACCAAUAAUCGCCUUGGUUACUUAUUCCUUAUUACUCAACAUUCCUCAUUGAAGAAUAAGGAGGGAGUUCGGCGGCUUUGGAAAGUCAGCAAAGGAGUUGGUGGAAGAAUCACAUGUGCCAAUUACAUUUGUAUAUUGUCAUGCUUCGUUAAGGUAGGUGACCUUAUAGAAGCUGAAAGAGUGUUUAUGGAAUGGGAGAGCAAUUGUAGGACGUAUGACAUUAGAGUAUCCAAUGUCCUUCUUGGUGCAUAUGUGCGGAAUGGAUUGAUAAACAAAGCUGAGUCAUUACAUCUUCACACAUUGGAGAGGGGUGGAUGCCCUAAUUAUAAGACAUGGGAGAUUCUAAUGGAAGGAUGGGUAAAGAGCCAAAAGAUGGAUAAAGCCAUAAUUGCUGUGAAGCAAGCAUUUUCUAUGUUGAACAAUUGUAAAUGGAGACCAUCACAUGGUAUUUUAGUUGCUAUUGCAGAGUACUUGGAAAAGCACAGGAAAUUUGAAGAUGCAAAUCACUAUAUUCAAGCUAUUCAUCAUUUGGGUCUUGCAAGUUUACCGCUGUAUAAGAUAAUCCUCAGAAUGCACCUUCAUGCUCGGAGAACCGCUCCUGACAUACUUAAGAUGAUGGACAAGGAUAAAAUUGAGAUGGAUGAUGAGACUUCUUCCCUUGUUCAAGCCUGCUAUUCAUGUGUGUAAUCAAUCAGUGGUAUUGAUCAUUGUAGUGGAUUCCUGCAAAGGCUGGUUUUAAUUGACUGCACUUAUAAUGCUUAUCUGGGAUUAAGGAUUUGGUAAGGGUAAAAAACCAGAUGAGGAAAAAUGAAGGAAGCAGGCUAUCCUUCAAGAAAGAAAGCUAAAUGCAUGCAAAGCUUGCUUAAUUCAGCAAAUUGCCUCCUUACGAGCUUUAUGUGCGGGUCUUUCUUAAUUCAGCAGAUUGCUUCUUUGAGUGAAGUUGAAGUUUGACCAUGAAGAUCUUUCAAACCUUCUUGAGAUUUUUUAAGAGAAAAGAAUAGAAACUAAAAGAGUUUCACCAUUAUUGUAAAGAGUGGGCAUACAUAAUGGGCAACUGGAUAAUCACAGCAUGGAUGUUUAUGGUUGUGAUGCUUGUUGGUCUUGAAAUCCUGUGUCUUAAAUUGCUUUUGAAAUUAAGUACUGCAAGAACUGAAAAUGAAGAUGAACAUACUUGUUCAAUAAUUUUGUUUUUUUUUUUUGUGUGUUCCUUGAUGGUUCUGUCACGAACACCAGUUGGCAAUUUGCAGUCACAAAUGUUGACUGCUUGCAGGCAAUCUGCAUCGUAAGUGAUUCUAAAUGCUCCACCUUAAUACAACUGCGGAUCCUCCUGGAAGCUUUUGAUAUGUGCUAGGGUUCCAAUACGGCCACCAGCGAUGUCAAGAAGGCUUAUUAUUUCACCUCCAAAGAAUUUUCUGCCUUUGAGACCUUUUUCCAAUGUCUUCAGAUUAUCUUGUACUUCUUGUGGAACUUCUAAUCCCUUUCCAGAACAAAUGUUCCCAUAGUUUACUGCAUGGAUUGGAGUAGCAGAUGGGCCAUUUUAAUUAUUUGCAGAAAGAGGAGUUGCGUUUUGUAUGCUGUGUAACAUCCCUUAUAAUUUAAACCUCGUACUCUCUGUAUAUAAGGUAUGUAUAUAAUUGUUCUCAAUUUGAAACACCCA